AUGGCGACGAGAACUCCGGUUUACUUCUUGAGUCAUGGUGGGCCCAACAUCAUGUACGACAACGAGCACCCAGCGUAUCUGAAGCUCGCGCAGAUCGGCAAGGAAAUCACAGGAAAGGUGAAGCCGCGCGCGGUGGUUGUCUUUUCGGCGCAUUGGCAGGCCGGAAAGGACCAUGUGGAGGUCAACAAUGCUGAGAUUACGGAUCUCAUAUAUGAUUUCUACGGCUUCCCAAGCCACUACUAUAAAGAGACGUUUCCGAAUGUCGGCAGCAAGGAAGUCGCGGAUAAAGUCCUGGGUUUGCUGGGUAAUGCGGGGAUCGAUGCUCGCGGCGUCAAGCGGGGAUUGGAUCAUGGGGUGUGGGCGAGUUUUAAGUGUGCCUUCGACCCGGACUCAAACCCCCUCAGCGUCCCCAUCGUACAAGUCUCGCUCUUCAAAACCGAAGAUCCAACCCAGCACUACAAGCUCGGCCAAGCCGUCUCGGCUCUCCGCGACGAAAAUAUCCUCAUCAUCGUCUCCGGCAUGGCGGUGCACAACCUCCGCGAUCUGCAAUUCACCUGGGGAAAUCCCCGCCCGCUCCCCUACACGGCUAGUUUUGACGAGGCGCUCAAAGACGCCGUCACGACGGCUCCGGAGGGCCGGGAACGCGCGAUGGCGGAGCUGCUGAAGAGGCCGGAUGCAAGGCAGGCGCAUCCGUAUUUCGACCAUCUGCUGCCGAUUCAUAUCGGGGCGGGGGCGGCGGGAGAUGAUGUGGGUAAGAGGCUGUGGACGCUGAAGGAGGGGAGUAUGAGCUGGGCGCAGUUUCGGUUUGGGGAGGUGGGGAAUGGGAGUAGUUUGUUGUAA